UCCAUCUCCCUCACGCUACCCUCUCCCUCCCUCCCGCCCAUCCCCCCCACUCGCCGGAGACCGACCGACCGACCUCGUCGUGGCUCGCCCUUCGUUUAUCGCCUCUCCACCGUCUCUGUCCACGCUACCGGAAGCUUCCAGAAGCCCCCCCGCGGAGUCUGCGUUUCGUUUCUCCGGAGCCGCAACGGUGUACCCGGGCCAGAUCUGCGCGCCCGCCGGCGGCGGCGGCGGUGCCAUGGCUGAGAAGGGCGCCGCCGCCGUCGCCGCAGCGGCGGCACCGGGGGAGCCAUCUCCAUCUCCGCCCCCGCCGGCGCCGGCUGCGGAGGCGGGGCAGCAGAGGUCCGUGCCCACGCCGUUCCUGACCAAGACGUACCAGCUGGUGGACGACCCCGCCGUCGACGACGUCAUCUCCUGGAACGACGACGGUUCCACCUUCGUGGUGUGGCGCCCCGCCGAGUUCGCCCGCGACCUCCUCCCCAAGUACUUCAAGCACAACAACUUCUCCAGCUUCGUUCGCCAGCUCAACACCUACGGAUUCAGGAAGAUUGUCCCGGACAGAUGGGAGUUCGCCAACGACUGCUUCCGGCGAGGGGAGAGGCGGCUGCUCUGCGAGAUACACCGCCGGAAGGUCACGCCGCCCGCGCCGGCAGCGACGACGGGGGCGGUCACGGUUGCGGCCACGAUCCCGAUGGCGCUGCCGGUGACGCGGGAUGGCUCUCCCGUACUGUCCGGCGAGGAGCAGGUUAUAUCCUCCAGCUCGUCCCCCGAGCCUCCGUUCCUGCUGCCGCAGGCGCCGUCCGGCUCCGGCUCCGGCUGCGUCGCGUCCGGCGACAUGGGCGAGGAGAACGACCGGCUGCGGCGGGAGAACGCGCAGCUCGCGCGGGAGCUCAGCCAGAUGAAGAAGCUCUGCAACAACAUCCUCCUCCUUAUGUCCAAGUACGCCUCAACCCAGCAGCUCGACGCGGCCAACGCCGCAGGCGGGAACUGCUCCGGCGAGUCCGCCGAAGCAGCCGCCACGCCGCUCCCACCCCCCGCGGUCCUCGACCUCAUGCCGUCCUGCGCGGCCGCUCUCGCCGUCGCCGCCACGCCCGCACCGGACACCGACGAGGAAGCGAUGAGCGCGAAGCUCUUCGGCGUCUCCAUCGGCCGGAAGCGAAUGCGACGCGACGGCGACGACCGCGCGGCGGAGGUGAAGGCGGAGCCGAUGGACGGUCGGCCGCACGCCAAGGAGGACGACCACUCGGCGGAGACGCAGGUCUGGCCCAUUUACCGGCCCAGGCCCGUCUACCAGCCCAUCCGGGCCUGCAACGGGUACGACUACGACGACCAAGACGGCUCCAACUCUAGCUAAGUUGUGUGUUAGACCCGUCUCAUCAUCAAAUUAACUACUACUAUACUCCUUACAAGAUAAAAAAAUGGCAAUCAACCUUGGGAUUUACAUGAUCCCAAUGUCUUUGUAGUGUUCUUUACUAGAACUACUCUACUGAUUUUCCUUUUCUUUUAUCUCUACUAGUAUUUCUUUCCAUAUAUUAUUAUCCUUUGUACAUACUACUACCAGUGAGAAGGUAAAUUAAUUAAGAUCAGAGUUCCAAGUACGCCUGCUGUUUCUGGCUUUUGUGUUGGUGAGGGGAAUGUGAGAUUGGGGGUAUGUGGAUU